AUGAUCUUUCAACUUUUGAUUGGGCCAACUGGGGUCUCUUCCGAAGACCCAGCGACUUGUCACAGUCGCCAUGGUCACACGUUUUUGCGUCAGGAAGCCGGAAGACGAUCACCUGGCCCAGAAAUCACCUGGACCAGAGAGAUAAAGGCCGCCGAGGCUAAUGAGAGGAGGCUGGCAGCCACAUAUGGCCGAUGUCUGACCUUGCUUCGCGCACCUUUCUUCCUCUUCUUCUUUUUCUGUCCUACCUGGUCCGAUUUUCUCGCGCGCGCACAGGCACGCGUCCACUCCGUCGUUCCUUUCACGUAAGCGGUCAAUCCAAAAUCCCGACAUUUAAUUUCAAUGACGUCAUUCAUUUCCCCUCAGAAAACUGUUUCCUAAAUAAUUUUCCAAAUUGAAAUAAUACUUGUCCUAUCUUUGGUGACUGAUAAAAGUUUCCAUGUAACCUUGAAAAUUUGCCGAGUUGAAACUUCUGCAAAUGAAUCGCGAAUGUCUGUGGACCAUCUGGAAAUGAUUCACUGUAGUCCGAAAAAAAAAAUGUUUUUUUGGAAGCAGCUGCUACAUUUUUUGACCCCUACAUUUUAUUGAGCUCUCAUACGAAAUUAUCAAAAUGAACUUUCACAUGGUUUAGCUCUUAAAAUCGUUUUCUGCUAAAAAGUUUGCUUGUUUCGUUACACAUUUGAUAAUAGUGUACAAAUUUUAAAAAUUUCAGCAUCAUCCAAAUUUUUUUUUUAAUUUAUGGAAUGUUUUUUUGUUGUUAUUUUUUUCAACAAACAAUAUCUUAAAAAUUACAGGAAUCUCGACCGGAUGAAGUGGCACCCCAAAAAUGAUUCGAUAAAGCGGCGAAAUUUCAUAAAAAAACAAAAGAAAGGUUCCUUUUUUUCGUUUUUCUAUGUUUUUCUUUUUAUUAAUUUUUUUAAAAAAAAUGAGGUUUUUCGAGUUUAUGAAAUUUCUCAAGUUGACAUUGCAUGAAAAACCUUUUCGAACUCUCCGAAAAACUUUAUUUUUCGAACUAAUCAACGAAAAAAAAAGAUUAACUUUCUAUUAAACGUUUGAAUUCUCGAUAACUUUCAAGAUCCGCCAUUUCGAUUCAUUCAAAAAUCUCCCUCGCAUUUGAAAUUUCUGGCACAUUCGUUCUUUUGAAGCGAAUCGAUUUGUUUCCUUUUUGGGCUGAAUCGAAAUGUUUGCAAUCGCAAAAAGAAAGUGUGCGCAAACAAAAAAGUGCUUGGGCUAAACAUUUCCAUUCAUUCCCAUUCAUUUUAUUUUUCUGCCCUACUCUUUAGUGAGUGAUUAUAACUGCAAUGCAAUCAGAAGACGUGGAACGGCCCCGUAGUGACUCUUUGCCGCAAGUGAGAGCUUCGAGUAGUUAAAGAACAUGAGCAGAAAUCUCGAACAUUUUCAGCUCUUAUCCUAUUUUUACUUUUAUUCUUGGGAUUUCAGACAGAAUGGCGAAAAUAUAGCGCAAAAAGCAACAUUUUUUUUUUCAAAAUUGAGAAUGUUUAUUUCUCGCUUUUUGAACUCAAUGUAGAUAAAAUUGUGAUAAUUAUUUCUUCAGAAAUUUUGAAAAAUGCAGCUUAUUUUUCAGACUUCCAAAAAAACUAUAAUUUUUUUAUCUCCAGAUCUUUGAACUUCAUUGUCCAUUCUCUUUUUUCUUCGUGGCUCACAGGAUUUUGGGACCUGUCAUAUUUUUCUUGAAUGUAUAUUUUGAUAGAUGUUUUUUUUAAAGUCAAAAGAGGUUUCACUUUUCAUUUUCUUUUCCUUCAGAAAAAGUGAGUCCAUGAGAAAAAAAAAUGAAAUUUUAAGACAUAAUCAGCGAAAAGUUCAUUUUGCUGAUCGAAAAUCUUGAGUUGGAGUCGGCAGUGCCGAUAGGCGGCCAAGUAGGAGGAAGUGGGGUUAUCAGCCUUAUCGAUUGGUCAACAGGGCGCAUUACUCAGAUGUCGUGGUUAUUCCGGAGUCUGUCGGCGCGGCUGCGUCGCGGCUCAGUGGUUCGGGCUCCGAUGGCCGGCGACUCGACCUCCAGCAAGCUGGACCACAAACGCUUCGCCAUGUGCAAGAUACUCCUGCUCGACGGAACUCACCUCAACAUCGUUAUCUCGGUGAGCCUUUCAAAGUAUUCCAGUUGAUAAAUUUGAAAGAGAAUGUUGAAUAAAAAUAUUGAAGCCAAAACUUGCAACUUAAAAUUAAAUAGACGCUUGAAAGGCACAUUAGCUUUUUCCUCUGAACCGUGUCAGACAGAUAAACUGAUCAACGUUAUCUUUUCUUAUGAAUACAUCUAAUAAAAGUCCUCUGUUUUGGACAGUCAUUUUUGUAGCGAUGGAGAGACGGAAACCAGUUGUUCUUUUCUUUCUCACCUUUUCUGCGAAUAAAAGUCGUAAAAUGCACGAAAAAACAACAUAUUUGAAACAGUCAUAUUAAGGUGUUGGCGUAUUUACCAGUUUUAUUUCUUUUUUUUUUUCUUCUUUUUAAAAUUUCUCCCAGUCUUUGUAAAAGUUAUGCUUUUUGUGUGUUUUUAAAUUUUUCCAAAAAAAGAAAAUUCGUGCUUAAACAAUUUUCUAUUUUUUCAAUCAACCAAGAAUUGAAGAGUGUAUGUCCAGAAAGCUGUGUCUAAUAAUUGAAAGAGAAUAUUUUUCAAAGAUAAUUUUCCGUGAAGGCUUCAAGAGAACACGUACAACUUCUAAAAGUAAACAGAAUAUUUUUCAAAAUUUUAAUUCUGCAUAGUCUAUUUUUUAAGUUUUCUGUAAACAAAUCAGACUAAUCGUCCGAGAAUAAGUCUAUUUUCCUUCAUUUUUAAAAUUUAAAAAUUACUGAACUUUUAUCGAACAUUGAUAUGGUAUCAAGUGCGGCAAGUUUCAAGAGUUAAAAGAAAAAUUGUUUCUCUUUAAUUGAUGUAUUGCUUUUGAUUGAGCAAGAAUUAGAUUAAAAACUGUUUUAAAACUUUUUUGCAUGUUCAAAAGUUUUGGUUACGCCACUUAAAAGUUUCUCUUUGAGAAGCUUUUGCAUUAGGCUCAAAAUCCUCAUGGAAAAGCAAAAAUUUAUUCAUGAUUUGAAGCGAAAUGCUCUGGGGAGUGAACUUUACGACGAGGUUUUCUACUCGUUGGACCUCGAGGAACGCGAUUAUUUUGGACUUCGAUUCACCGAUCACUACAAUGUCCAGGUUUGGCAGUGGAAAACAGAAACACAGUUUUCAUGUUUACCGUUACGAUAGUUUUCUACUGUGUGCUAGUUUCUCUCUCAUCAUUUAAUUGAACGAGCUUUUUUUGAUGAAUCGAGUGAAAGCCAACGUUUUUCGCGCAAUGUAGAUUUAUGUUUUUUUUUACUGCAGCACUGGCUGGAUCCGACAAAGAAAGUAGUGAAGCAGGUGGACAUUGGUCCACCUUACACACUCCGGUUCAAAGUCAAGUUCUACACGUGCGAGCCCGGCAGCAACCUGAAGGAAGAGCUCACCAGGUGUGGCUCAUCUUUUGGUUUUUUCUGAACGAAAAGUGCUCAGAUACCAGUUCUUCCUGCAGCUCAAACAGGAUAUUGCCCAAGGCAGACUUCCUUGCAGCCGACCUGUCGCUGUAGAACUCGCCGCCUAUGCUCUUCAGUGUUAGUUUCCCCUUCCAUUUCUGAUGUGACUAUUGUAAAACUGCAGCCGAGCUGGGAGAUUACAAUCCUAUGGAACACACAGCCUUGUUUGUCUCCGAGUUCCGGUUCCAUCCAGAACAAGAUGAGAAGAUGGAGGUCGAGAUUCUCGAGCGGUUCAAGGCUUGCAAGUGACUUUCCCCUCAUUUUUCCGAUAAAGCGUUGGCGCUUCCAGAGGUCAAACGCCAGCUCAGGCAGAGAUGAACUUUCUGAACAGAGCUCGGUAUUUGGACAUGUACGGCGUGGACAUGCACGUUGUCGAAGGAAAGGAUGGCAACACGUGAGUUUGGAUUCUCUCGAUUUUCACCGAGAGAUCUGUAGUUACCACCUUGGUCUGACGCCGCAGGGAAUGCUCGUGUUCGACGGUGAGCAGAAGAUCGGUCUUUUCCUCUGGGAAAAGCUGCAGAAGCUCAACUUUCGCAACAAGAGAAUCACGUUGGUCGUCGAAGAAGACGCUGAUCAAUCGGUUACCUUUUCAAAAAUAAGUGCAAAAAACCAAAAAAAGUUCAGAACAACGGUCAGAUCCAGCUGCACACUUUUGUUUUCAAUUUGACCUCUGAAAAGGCCUGCAAACACUUUUGGAAGUGUGCCAUCGAGCAGCACACGUUUUUCCGGUUGAAAGCGAGGCCGACGACGAGUUCGCAAAGGUCGCAGCUCUUCCGACUGGGCAGCACUUUCAAAUACAGGUAACUGUGCUCAUCAUCUUCCUCUGUUAGCCACAGCACAGAGGAAGAUGAUGAGAAGAAUGCUUGGUGUGACUCUAAUGGAUAGAAGAUCAAACAGUUGGCUCCACGAAAGAUUGAAGAUGCGUGAUGCUCGAAUGGUUGCAACAAGAAGAAAAUGGUUCUUCGCAAAGAAAAUCGUGACGGGAGAAGAAACGUGGGCAAAGAAGAUCGUAGAAUGGCGGCCCUGGGAGAAGAAAAGAUCUGUUGGACGACCACGAGCACGUUGGCGAGAUGACUUCCGAAGCGUUCUUGGGGAGAAUUGGUCGACCGUUGCGCGCAACAACAAGGAGCUCUUCAAAUCUACCAGGAUUCAGCAGAGCCUUUUUGAUUACUCUGAUGUCUGAAUAAAUUGAAUUAAAUUAACUGUGGAGUUUCAGUCCAAGAAGAAGUUUCCGAUUAAGGGGCCGGACCGAGUACGAAACUAUCCACAAGGAGGGCGCGCGGCUCUCGCGGCGGUCCACUUCGACUUUCGAACGACGGCCUUCGCAACGGUACGGCGCCAGACAGAGCCACGCCAACGCGCGAGAAGCUCGACGCUCCGAAAUCCGUCAGCAGGUAAAUCUAUUGUUUUUCACUCACUAAUCUCCGUUUUUGAUUUUGACCCAGUGCAAAUCGUGGUAAUAUUUACCAAUCUUGCUUCUCAAAUAAGGCUUCUUUCCCACGUAAAAAAAAACCGCGAAAUAGCUUUAAAUAAUAUUUUUAAAAGUGUAUAAGAUAUUUCAAUAUAUUUUUGAUGACAUUGAUUAUCGUUAAUAAUCGAGACAGAAGCUGUCAAGUUGAAAAAAAACGGAAGGAUCAAGUUGCAGAUCGAAAACUCUCUGCAACAGAAAAGAGUUCCUGACGUGGCGGAACCCUUGGAAGAGCCGCGGAUGAGGUCCUCGCAGAUCCCUGUCGUCGGACUCCCAAAAGACAUUUCCCAAGACUUCACUCCUCCCACAAGGUCGGUCUGAUUCUGCUUUGAGAGCUUCGAUGAUAAAAAGUUGGUGACUGUAUAUAAUAGUUAAUUUAUUAAUUUAGUGAACUUGAAAGCUUUGGAAGACAUUUUGAUACUGUUCAUGUAGGUUUUCUUCGAACCUUAGUCGUCACGACGAAAAAUCUUCCGGAAAGAGGAGAUGAGCUCUUUUUUUUUUACAGGUCCACGAGCUACGGCCACGUGACAAACAUCACAGUGGGAAAUAGCGACAUACAGUCGGUAAUCCCAUUUUGAGAUUUCGAAACCUCAGUCACUAUUUCCAGAGAUCAGAAAAAAGACCAGAAAUUCUGGAACAUUUUUCAGCGUCAAGGAUCCCUCGACCCAGCAUUCCCCCAAAUGUAAGCUGCUUUCGAAAUUUUUUGAAAAAAAAUAUAUAAAAAGCAUCCGCUCAAGUUUUUUGAUCAUUGUUUAAUGAGGGAAGUUUUGACUUUCAGCCCCCACCAACGACUGCGGCGACGAGCUUUUCACAACAAAACGAGGUUUGUUUGGCUUCCUACUUGCCCGAACCUUCUCUGGUUUUCAGCCAAGUCGGAUACCUCGGUUCGAGGCGCGACGGCCGACCAACAAGCGAAUCGUUACCGAUUUGUAA